CAUCAAUACAUUUCAUACAUAAAUACUGGCUAUAUUUGUUACAGGUUUUGUGUUUCUAACUAAGUAAUCAUGUUGGUAAUUGUAUAUACGAGCUUAAGAGAAGCAUUUGAAGGCGGCAUUUUUCCAAGGAACAGGUGUGCUAAAAUGCCUACUGAGUUGAAACAGAGGAAGAAGUCACAAAAACAAAGCGAUGAAGUGUCCGAAACGUCGGCUGUAAAUGGCAAAGAUGAAGCGCAUAAAGGGAAGACAGAAGCUGGAAACAUCGCAGCAGCGAAUAAAACCUCUUCGAGUUUGGAUAUAAGAAGUAUAAUGUGCUUAUUGUCGCUUGCAGCAUGCGGGGCUCUGAGUUGGGUGGUGCUACAGCAAAAUGAAAGGUUUUCCGAAAUUGAAGAAAAGUACAAGUCAUUACACGGAAAGACUUCAAGUCUCUUCGACAUGGAGGAAGAAGUCCUAAAGGUUUCUAAAAAGCUCGCCGCCUCUGAGGAUGACCUACAGGAGGCGCUCUCCACCGUCUCCUUGGCAACACGACUCCAGCAGGACAUCUCCACCCUCCACGCUGCCGUCAUGGUGAUGCAGGCCGACGAGAACUCCGCCUCCCGUGACCUGCAGACGGUCAACGCCCACUUCCUCAAAGUGACGGAGACGUGGCAGGAGCGGCUGGCCGCCAUCACCUCUGACCUGGCUGCCCUCAAGGCCGAGUCACGGGAAGCUCACGGCGGAGCCACAGAGCGGGUUAACGAGGCCGAGCGGAGGGCCCGGUCACUGGCGGAGAAGUUGGAGGAGCUUGAGGACAGCACGAAGAGGAAUGCCCGAGCUCUGGAGCGCACGGAGGGAGACGACACCAAGCGAAUUCAGGAUCACCUGGACUGGAACACCAAGCAGAUCCACAAACUGGAGGAGCAGAUCGGCAGCCUGACCAAGAGGGAGGCCGAGCUCAGCUCCCAGCUCCAGGAGCACAUUCCCCGGGCACAGGAGUGUGAAGAGCACCUGCCUCAGGUGGAGGAGGCGGUGCGCGCCAUCCUGAGACUGGCGGGUGACCUGAGCGGGGCAGAAAAACGCCUGGAAGAGGUGACGUUACAGGUGUUUGGGACUGAGGACAGCAUGCUGAAAGCACUCAAUGAAAUCAUUCAGAUCAGACAGGAGCUGGACACCCUGCAGGCUCAAAACAGCAUCCUGAAGAUGAAGAAUGAGUUGUCCGUAGUUAAAGAGGCUGUCCGUGAACUCACCAUGGUGCUAAGGGAAACUACAGCCGACAGCCAAAAGGACUCUGACACUUUGGAGGAAGAAGGAUGGAAAUAUGAUGAUGAGGAGGAGUGGGAAACAGAUGAGACAACUCAACUUCUACAUGAUGACCUCGCUGAAUGAUGUCAUUGUAUUGAGUCACCUAGAGAAAAGGAGUGGCCCUGUUUUACUCUUUGCUGUAAAAUGGCGAUCAAAGUUCAGUAUUAAUGUCUUUCAAAAUGUGUACCUGCGUUUUAAUGUCAGAUAAUUGGUGACCAUCACUGCAUCAAAGUUCCCUGAUUUCAACAUAAACUCUGGUAUACAUGCACUGUAUAACUAAAGUAAGAUCAAGAUUUUUUUAUUUUAGUAUUAGUUUACUGUGGAAGUGAGAAAUUUAGGUUUCUUUAGUGAUUAUAUACUACAUGCCCCAUUACUGGGAUAUAGUUGUACAACCAUAUCUAAGCCAGUCUUUCCAGAUAUAACUGCAUUAGAUCCGAAACGAUUAGUCGAUGAAUCAAUUUCAUGACAUCGCCUUGAUAAAAUAUCAUGGGCAUUUUUCACAAUUACUGACAUUCUUGUAGACUAAAUGAAUAAUUGAUUAAUCAAGAAAAUAAUUGUGAGUUACAGCCCUAAACUACAUCUCUGUCUUUUGUAGAUGUACAAUAAAUCUUAAUGUUUUUGAUAACUAUAUUUCCAUCUGAUUUUAGUUUCACCUGUUGAAAGCAUGGCAGUCAUUUCAUUUCAUCACUGAACUUAUUUAAUAAACUCUUUUUUUAUUGAAAA